UUAACACGGCGCGUGGAAGGCGCGAGGACACGCCCACAGAAGAAGUUGGAAGAGCAAGCGAUUCGGUCGCCCCUUGUCUCGGCUCCCUCACACUAUUUUGUUCUGUUUGCGAGUGACUGCAGGAGUUGGCCUCCGCGCAUCAUGGAUUCCAGUCGCUUGCCGUUAAGUUCGCACUCCGUGUGGACCCAGCGCAGUACCGGACAGUUGGCCGCUAUGGAACGCGAGAUACGGGAAGCCGAGAGACUCCGCCGGCUGCAGGCGAGUCAAGACGAGUACGUCGUGCCGCACAUUCAGGACUCGUGGUACCCCGAGGAGGACACGUCGCACGCGGGCUGCUGGAUACGCUACGCGUCGUUCGUGCUGGGCAUCGCCGUGGCCAUAUCGUCGACGCUGUUCGCCGCACCCGCCGUCUUCCUGGCGCGUGUCAACUACUGCCAGCGCGGGUGCUUCUCCCUCGAACACGACCUGAAGACGUCUCUCAACCACAGCGUUCAUCCGUGCGACGACUUUUACGGUCACGUCUGCAGCGGCUGGGACAGCAAGGAUUUUUAUUAUACCACGCCACUGGACAAGUACAGCCUGGCCUUCAGCCGAAGUGUCAUCAAGGCCAUGCUACUCGAGAGGGUUCCCAUCGUGUCUAAGAAGACGAGGGGAAAAGCUGCGCGCUUCAUGUUGCGCUGCAUCAGCCGAGUGGAGCAACGGAGUGCGUCGAGUCUCAAGACUUUCCUCCAGGAACUGGGACUUUCGUGGCCACACCGGUCUGCCGCAACGCGUCCGCAGCUUUUCGACAUCUUCGUGCGGGCCUCGCUGCAUUUUGGCAUGCCCCUCUUCUGGGCGGUCUACAUCGGCCGCCAUCCGAUGCGACCGUUGGAGAACACCAUAUACAUGACGCUCGAUCCAAGUUUCAAGAACUGGGUUCACGAUAUGGACGUGCUCACCGCCAGGGGGAAAGAGAGCGAGCACCUCAGGCGUGGCGCUGAGGUCAUCGGCGGCGAAGGCCAGUCGUACUCCUUCAUGAUACAUCACGUGCUGCAGGCGCACGCGGACCUCAGCGACCUUGCGAACCGUUUCUUUGGCGAGCACCGGAUGCCAGAGUUCCACAGUCUCACCGACCCAGACCUGCGCAGGGCACUGAACGGAUACCUUCCUGAUGAGUCGCAGCUCUGGCCCGAGGACGAGAUAAUCAACCUUCAGCCCAUGUUCUUCCACAACCUUGACACCACGUACCUGAGCGAAAGCGCGCACCAGGAACGCUUCAAUCUGUUCCUGGGCUCAUACGCCGUGUGGAUGCUGUCGCCAUUUGCGUCCGACUACUUGACUUCGAGCUUGCUUGCCGACAUGGGGCACGAAAACGCCGAAUCCAGCUACCGUUGUUUCAAGUGUUUCGAAGCCCUGGAGGCUGUUAUGCCACUGGUCAAGUUCCACCUCCAUAGAAGCGCUGCUGACGAUAUUAAACCCUUGAGGAGUAUCGCUCGGUUAUGCAGGCGCUCUGUGAGCGCAUGUCUGCGAAACUACGGCGAGCCGGAAGAGAAGAACGUGGCCGCCAUAUUGCAGCAUAUUACACUGGGCGCUUUCAACAUGACCAGCACGUGGCGAAUGCUCGACACCAUGUACGCCUACAUUCCUAGCGAGCCUCACGUGCCUACUUUCUUCGAGCUGUACCGCAGAGCUGCCAUGGCGACCGCCAAGUUCUUCACGCGAUCUCUACGCCAACCAAGGCACAGUAUCUACCACGUGCCAGGAAUCACAAAAAACCGACAGUACCGUCUGUUGACGAGCCGGGAAACAUCGGUAGAAUACUUUUUAGCGGCUGCACCGCUCUAUGGGACUUGGCAACCAGCAACAGUCCUUUCGGCACUUUCUGGAACAAUCAUCUCUCUGCAGCUGGCCACCUAUACUCGGUUUACCCUGUUUUUCAACAGCCGUUUUCAACUCCACACACUAGAGGAGUUCUCGCCGGGCGCGAGGGGCCUGUACCUCGACGGGCUUCAGCUCGCGCAAAUCGCCAACGAGACCCUGCCCAAUGCCAGCAUGUACGAAAUCCACGAGGUGGCCCAGACGAGCUUCGCGGCGCAUGCUGCCAGUUACACUCAGUGGAUGGCCGAGUGGCGCCCCGCCUCGGCAGGUGGCGGAGAUGAAACCACGCUCGAACUGGACAGGCUCUUUUUCUACCUCGUCUGCUACUCGCAGUGCGGGACAGAGGAGCGUGAGCGUCUCAAGAAAAAGGCCGCCUGCAACGUCGCCCUACCGGCUGCGCCACGUUUCCGGAAGGCGUUCAACUGCAGCCCUCAACACCGACUUGUCACGGACUUCACGUGGCCCGAACCCCCAGUGACUGCGACCGCAGAGCCCUCUUAGCGGCGCGCGAACCCCGAUCGUGCAAUGCAGUAUACUCGAAGGGCGUUACCGGCAACACCUGCUAAUGGGCGCAUGCACCUCGCGUGCGAAUUUUUCUAUAUCGGAAGCAUUUUCUGUGGACGAUGCAGCUUCGUGGCAUCCUAUACUAUCAUUACUCUACGCAUACUCUUUUCUCCGUUUUCCCGCUGCCUGCUUUUAUGUACCAACACUGGGAAAAGACCUUUCGUGUAUGACA